GUCCGAACAGUCUGUAUGCCCGCGAAGCGCGCGCGCGCCCGCUGGCCGUACGAUGUGGGUCACUGGUCCGCCGUCCUCGCGCCCGGCCUCUGCGCGACGUCACUGUGGCAUUGUUUCGGGCGGAGUCCCGGCGGCCAGUCAGAAGGCAGUGACGCGGGCGGGGCGGCAGGGGGAGCCCGCCCUCCUCCUCCACAUCCUCCUCCCUCGGUCCCGCCCCGCUUUCCCUUCGCCCCUCGCCGGCCUGCGUCACCGGGCAAGAUGGAGACCGCCGAGGAAGACAUAUGCAGGGUAUGUCGGUCUGAAGGAACUCCAGAAAAGCCUCUCUAUCAUCCGUGUGUAUGCACUGGCAGUAUUAAAUUUAUCCAUCAAGAAUGCUUAGUUCAGUGGCUCAAACACAGCAGAAAAGAAUACUGUGAAUUAUGUAAACACAGAUUUGCUUUCACACCAAUUUAUUCCCCAGAUAUGCCUUCCCGGCUUCCAAUCCAAGACAUAUUUGCUGGACUAGUUACAAGUAUCGGCACAGCAAUACGAUACUGGUUUCACUAUACACUUGUGGCCUUUGCAUGGUUGGGAGUUGUACCUCUUACAGCAUGCCGCAUCUACAAGUGCUUGUUUACUGGCUCUGUGAGCUCACUACUGACACUGCCAUUAGAUAUGCUUUCAACAGAGAACUUACUGGCAGACUGUUUGCAAGGUUGUUUUGUGGUGACAUGCACGCUCUGUGCGUUUAUCAGCCUUGUCUGGUUACGUGAACAAAUUGUCCAUGGAGGAGCACCGCAGUGGCUGGAACAAAAUCAGCAGCAAGCCAUCAAUGAUGUUGGUCAACCAAAUGAGGCUCAGGGUGCUGGAAAUGGUGGAGCUGAAAAUGCUGCUCCUGACCAGCCUGUGGAUCAGCCUGCUGAGAAUGCUGUUAUUGGGGAAAAUCCAGAAAUCCAAGAAGAACAACCAGAUGAAGAGGAAGAAGAUAAUGAAGAUGAAGAAGAUGUUGUAGUAGAAGAUGCAGCAGAUGCAAACAAUGGAGCUCAAGAUGACAUGAACUGGAAUGCUUUAGAAUGGGAUCGAGCCGCAGAAGAACUCACAUGGGAAAGAAUGCUUGGACUUGAUGGAUCCCUGGUUUUUCUAGAACAUGUAUUCUGGGUGGUGUCAUUAAAUACACUAUUCAUACUUGUGUUUGCAUUUUGUCCCUACCACAUUGGCCACUUCUCUAUUGUUGGGUUAGGCUUUGAAGAAUAUGUUCAAGCAUCUCACUUUGAAGGCCUAAUCACAACAAUAGUUGGCUACGUGCUCCUGGCAGUCUCCUUAAUUGUGUGUCAUGGCUUGGCUGCACUUGUAAAAUUUCAGAGAUCUCGUCGCUUGCUUGGAGUAUGCUAUAUAGUUGUCAAGGUGUCAUUGUUAGUGGUGGUAGAAAUUGGUGUUUUCCCUCUCAUCUGUGGCUGGUGGUUGGACAUAUGUUCUCUGGAAAUGUUUGACGCUACUUUGAAGGACAGAGAGUUGAGUUUCCAAUCUGCUCCUGGCACGACGAUGUUCCUUCACUGGCUAGUUGGAAUGGUGUAUGUCUUUUACUUUGCGUCCUUCAUUCUUUUGCUGAGAGAGGUGCUGAGACCUGGUGUCCUCUGGUUUCUGAGAAAUUUAAAUGAUCCAGACUUCAAUCCAGUUCAAGAAAUGAUUCAUUUGCCUAUCUAUAGGCAUCUCAGAAGGUUUAUUUUAUCAGUGAUUGUCUUUGGGUCAAUUGUCUUGCUCAUGCUUUGGCUUCCAAUACGAAUUAUUAAAUAUCUCCUGCCUCAUUUUCUUCCAUAUAAUGUCAUGCUCUACAGUGAUGCUCCUGUGAGUGAACUUUCCCUCGAACUGCUUUUGCUUCAGGUUGUACUUCCAGCUUUGCUUGAACAAGGACACACGAGGCAGUGGCUGAAGGGUCUUGUACGGGCGUGGACUGUUACUGCUGGAUACUUACUGGAUCUGCAUUCUUACUUACUUGGAGACCAGGAAGAGAAUGAAAACAAUGCAAACCAACAGCCUAAUAACCAACCUGCUCGCAAUAACAAUGCCAUUCCAGUUGUGGGAGAAGGUCUUCACGCAGCCCACCAAGCCAUACUACAACAAGGAGGACCUGUUGGUUUUCAGCCUUACCGAAGGCCUUUAAAAUUUCCACUCAGGAUAUUUCUGUUGAUUGUUUUUAUGUGUAUAACACUGCUAAUUGCAAGUCUUAUCUGCCUUACGUUACCAGUGUUUACUGGACGUUGGUUGAUGUCCUUUUGGACGGGGACUGCCAAAAUCCAUGAAUUAUAUACAGCUGCUUGUGGACUGUAUGUUUGCUGGCUUACCAUUCGUGCAGUGACAGUGCUUGUUGCUUGGAUGCCACAAGGCCGCCAAGUGAUUUUUCAGAAAGUUAAGGAAUGGUCCCUUAUGAUAAUGAAAACUUUAAUAGUUGCGGUGCUGCUGGCUGGUGUAGUUCCACUUCUCCUUGGACUUCUCUUUGAGUUAGUUAUUGUUGCUCCUUUGAGAGUUCCUCUGGAUCAGACACCACUCUUCUAUCCAUGGCAGGACUGGGCUCUUGGUGUUCUACAUGCCAAAAUAAUUGCUGCCAUAACUCUGAUGGGUCCUCAGUGGUGGCUGAAAACAGUUAUUGAGCAGGUUUAUGCAAAUGGAAUACGGAAUAUUGAUUUACACUUUAUAAUACGGAAGCUUGCAGCGCCUGUUAUCUCAGUUUUGUUGCUUUCCCUGUGCGUACCUUACAUCAUAGCUUCUGGUGUUGUACCUUUACUAGGUGUCACUCCUGAAAUGCAAAAUCUAGUACAGCGUCGGAUUUAUCCUUUUCUACUCAUGGUGGUGGUUUUGAUGGGGAUCUUAUCCUUCCAGGUCCGUCAGUUCAAGCGCCUUUAUGAACACAUUAAAAAUGACAAAUACCUUGUUGGACAGCGACUUGUGAAUUAUGAACGAAAAGCUGGGAAACAAGCAACAUCACCGCCGCCGCCCCAGUCUUCACAAGAAUAGAAAUGGUCACAUGGAAUUACUUGAUCUUCCCUUGCCUUUGUGUCCUUUUUCAAAGACUUGUCUUCAUUCUUUGGGUGUCUUUCCCAACAGUCCUCUCAGCUGGGUUUUUAUCUUUUAAUUUUUGCUUCUUUUCUCAUGGCAUUCAGAUAGCAGUUAAGGCUGUGCCCCUUUUACCUGCAUUUUCUGAUGUUAUCAGUGCUGAGAUCUGUAAAUGUGUAAAUAGCAAUACCCGAUACCCUAAAAACGUGGAUUAAAAAUGAAUGUUCAUUGUACAUCUUUAAAAGAAUAUUAAUUUAUUAAAUCUAGUUGUCACUUUA